CGUGUCCGUCUGUCCGUCCAGCUCACCAUGAAGGAAUACCUCACCUCCCUCUUCGACAACCGCACCUGGGGGGUGCUGGCCCCCAAUGCCUCCUCGCUGGCUGACCCCUUCAGCGCGGAGCUUUUUGGGCUCUGGCAGGAGUGGUGCCACCCCUCGGCCACCAUCUUUGGCACCUUGGCCUUCUUCCUGCUCAUGAAGUUCUGGAUGCUGAUCCUGGCCACCACCCUGCCCUUGCCCGCUGGCUACUUCAUGCCCAUCUUCGUCUACGGAGCUGCCAUCGGGCGCUUGGUGGGGGAGGUGGUGGCCCUGCUCUUCCCCCGUGGGCUCUAUCCAGAGGGGACCCUGCGCCCCAUCACCCCUGGCGGCUACGCUCUGGCUGGUGCAGCCGCUUUUUCGGGCUCGGUGACCUACUCUGUCUCCACGGCGUUACUGGUGUGCGAGGCCACCGGCCACCUGGGCCACCUCCUCCCCGUGGUCCUGGCCGUGCUGGUGGCCAAUGCCAUCACCCAAAAGCACCAACCUUCCUUCUACGAUGGCACCAUCAUCGUCAAGAAGCUGCCCUACCUCCCCCGCAUCCGCAGCCGCCACAUGGCCUCCUACCGAGUGGUGGUGGAGGAGUUCAUGGAGCACAGGGUGGUGGCCUUGACCAAGGAUGGUGGCUUUGAGGAGGUGCUGGUGGCCUUGGACACCUCCAAUGACACCGAAUACCCCGUGGUGGAGAGCGCAGGGUCCCCCACGCUGGUGGGCACCGUCAGCAGAGCCCAGCUGGUUGCCUUUCUCCAGAGCCACAAGCACCCCCAGGCACCCCCAGAGGAGAAGCUGGCUGCUGCGGGGACACUUGGGGACAACUGUGCCAUUGAGCCCAUCAUGCUCCAGCUUUCACCGUGGACCUCCCUGCACCAGGUCCAUCACCUCUUCGAGCUGCUGAAGCUACAGCGCAUCUUUGUCACCCGUGUCGGGGAGCUGGUGGGAGCUGUCAGCCGGGCCGAGCUGCGGAAAGCCAUCGAGGAGCUCGCCGACCCCAAGUGA